AUGUCUACCACAACGUCUCGCGGAGUCCCUCUCAGCAGGGGCACAAUGCUCACUAGUGACCUUGGGAGAAGUUACAGAAUCGAAGAAGUCCUUGCUGGUCAGAGAGGCUCCCUCCUCGCAAAGCACUGGAGGAAAGAGCUACAUUAUAAAGAAUAUGAUUCCGGGAGAGUUCGAAUAUCAACUGAACCUGCAGAAGAAACUAUCUUCUUGCCCUGGUAUAUCAAGCCGAACAAUAUUCUCGUAGACUACGAGCAAAGUGCUGAAGGUCAGGUCACCAUCAACAACGUUAUGAUCUCACCUCUCGAGGAUACAGUCAUUGUACCACCCGGGAAAUGGCUGAUAGGCCCGCUUUGUGGUAAUGCAUUUUGGAGGAGCCCUGAAAGCUGGUGCCGUUCCCGCCAGAAUCAGGCCUCAGAUGUGUUCUCAUUUGGCAUUGUGAUGAUAUACGUUAUGGGCCAUGAAAUGGUCUUCCAUGUUAGUGACAAGGAAUUAAAAGCUGCCGACUCGUGGCAAUAUAUCCUUCGUCGACAUAUCUCCUAUUUUGCUGACGAGGACGGCUUGACACACUGGAAGAGAAAGCCCCUUUUAUGA